AUGGAGAAAGUUGAUGUCCUUAUUUGCGGCAGCGGGUCUGCCGGUCUUUGCGCUGCCACCUGGCUCGCCAAGUAUGGGGUGCGGUGCAAGAUUCUAGAACGACGGGGUGGUCCUAUGAAGAUGGGUCAAGCUGACGGUGUGCAAUGUCGCACCGUGGAGAUUUUUGAAAGUUUUGGAAUUGGAGAAGAGCUUCUUCGUGAGGCCUACCACGUUCUAGAGGUCAACUUCUGGGCCGACAAUGGUACAGGCGCUAUCAAGCGAACAGGCCGGACAGCGGAUACCCAGCCAGGUCUAUCACACCAACCUCACGUUAUUCUGAACCAGGCACGUAUAAAUGGGCUUCUAAUUGAGCUGAUGGAGAAGUAUAAUGGCCAACAAAUUGACUAUGGCUACAAUGUGACCGACGUCAAAGUGGAUAGUGCCUCUAUCGAGGAUCAUGGCGCCUAUCCAGUCAAAGUCACUGCGGAAAAGGACGGGAAAACAGAAGUGUUUGCAGCCAAAUAUGCGCUGGCUUGUGAUGGGGCACACAGCAUUGUCCGCAAAGCCCUUGGGUACAAAAUGAUUGGAGACAGCAGCGAUGCCGUCUGGGGUGUCAUGGACAUGGUGCCCCGAACCAAUUUCCCUGACAUUCGCAAGAAGUCUACCAUCCGCUCAAAAUCUGGGAACAUCUUGAUUAUCCCUCGUGAAGGCGAUAAUGAUAACCUGACGAGGUUCUACAUUGAACUUGCCCCAGGAACCAACCCGAAGGAGGUGACGCUGGGAAAGUUGCAGAACCAAGCACAGAGCAUUUUUCAUCCGUAUAAGGUAGACUUUGUGGAGACAGUCUGGUGGUCGGCGUACGCGAUCGGCCAACGUCAUGCCGAUUUCUUCCACAAGGAUAACCGGGUCUUCCUCGCUGGUGACGCUUGCCACACACACUCCCCAAAGGCUGGACAGGGUAUGAAUGUCAGCUUACAGGAUGGCUACAAUAUCGGCUGGAAACUGGGCGAGAUUCUGACUGGUCUGGCCAAUCCCUCACUUCUAGAGACUUACGUCCUAGAACGUCAGAAGGUGGCCAUUGAUCUGAUCAAAUUUGAUCGUUAUUUCUCCAAGUUGUUUUCUUCCGGGGUCCCCACUUCUCCUGCCGAGUUCCAAGAAGGCUUCAUCAAAUCUGGCAAAUACACCGCAGGCUUCACGGCCAAAUAUGAGGUCUCGCCUAUCACCUCUGCACUGGAAUUGACCAAGCUCGCCUCUAAUGUAGCCGUUGGUAUGCGGCUACCCAGCGCACAGGUCGUCCGAUUUUGUGACUCUAAACCCCUACAACUUAUGAAGUGUCUCAAGUCUGAUGGCCGGUGGCGCAUCAUCGCCUUCAUAGGUGACCUGACUGUACCAGAGAACCACUCAAAGCUCAACAAGCUGGGAGAAUACUUGAGCGCAGCCGACGGGCCUAUCCACACAUUCACCCCGAAGAAUCAAGAUAUUGACAGCCUUAUCGAGAUCAUUUUGGUUGGACAUGGGAAGCGUCAUGGUGUUGAGUUGGAGCAGAUCCCGGAGUGCUUUUAUCCUGUCUCUGGGAAAAACCAAACAAGAGGUGCAGAUACUCUGAUUUCCAAUAUGUCCACCAUACCUAACCUGAAAUCUUCAGAUCUACACAAAAUUUAUUAUGACGACGAGAGUUACAACGAUGGUCACGGCCAUGCAUAUGAACAUCUCGGGAUUGACCCGUCACAGGGCGCUCUUAUCAUCGUCCGCCCAGAUCAAUGUGAUUAUCCUGAGAUCGGCAAGUUCUUUGCUGGGUUCCUAGUACGUCAAAAGUAG